AUGGCGGCAGCUUCGCCAGCUCUGGACCCGGACCUGCUCCGGGAGGUCCUGGAGUGCCCCAUCUGCCUGGAGACUUACAACCAGGAGCAGCUGCGGCCCAAGCUCCUGCAAUGUGGCCACACCGUGUGCAGACAGUGUCUGGAGAAGCUGCUGGCUAGUACCAUCAACGGUGUGCGCUGUCCCUUCUGCAGCAGGGUCUCCCGCAUGAGCAGCAUCUCCCAGCUGGCCGACAACCUCACUGUGCUCAAGAUCCUGGACUGCGUCAGCUCCUGCACGACCGCCGGCGCCCUAAUGUGCAAGUCCUGCCGCAACCGCCUACCCCGACAGUACUGCCUUGACUGCGGCACUGUGCUCUGUGAUCUCUGCAAGGGUGAGGGCCACCAGCAGCAGGGUCACGCCGUCCAGCCCAUCCGGGUGGCCGCUGAGCACCACCGGAAGGACCUGGGCGGUAAACUGGCGUCCCUCCGCAAAGCCAUGGACCACAUCCAGCAGAAAAAGGCGACGGUUGACAGUGUGACAAAGAACAUGCGGGUGAAGUACCGGGCUGUGCAGCAGGAGUACGCCCAGGCUGAGCUGCGUCUGCAGGAGGAGCUGGGGCACCAGCGGCAGGCCUUCGCUGCCUCUAUGGCUGAGGUGGAGAAGCUGAACGGGCAGAUCCUGGAGGAGCAGACAUACCUGCUGAACCUGGCCGAGGUGAAGGUGGUGUCCCGAUGCGACUACCUCACCAUGCGGGUGAAGCAGAGCGACAUCGCCCUGCUGGAGGAGGACGGAGGGGGAAACGAUGAGGAGCUGGACCUGAGGAGCAGCCUGGACUUACCUACGCUGCUCAAGCUUCAGGACCCUGAGCUGGUGACGACAGAACACCCCGAGGCCCUGGAUGUGGCCCAGCUCACAACCAAGCCCUGCACUGUCAACACUGAUGAGGAGGGGCUGCUGGAGUUUAGAGCCGGGGCUGGCGUUGGUGCCAUGUGCAGGGCUGCAGGGGCCCCACUGGAACUGUUUAGAGACAUUGAUAUGGUAAUGUCUGUAGAAGAGGCUGUGUGUGCAUCACCGGGCAGCUUUAAGUCCAAGUCCAUGGAUGAAGGGGAGUCCUCCUCGCCCGGUGGUGCAGGGGCCAGGGCCAGCUCGGGGCCACAGCACUGCCAGUUUGUAAAGAAGAUGGGCUGCAAGGGCAACCUGCCGGGGAUGUUCAACCUACCGGUUAGUAUCUGCGUCACCCCGCAGGGCGAGGUCCUGGUGGCCGACCGGGGCAACUACCGCAUCCAGAUCUUCAACCGCAAGGGCUUCCAGAGGGAGAUCCGCCGCAACCCCAGCAGCAUCGACAACUUUGUCCUGAGCUUCCUGGGCGCCGACCUGCCCAACCUCAUCCCGCUGUCCAUCGCCAUCACUCCUCAGGGCCUUAUCGGGGUCACUGACAACUACGACAACUCGGUCAAGGUGUACACCAUCGACGGCCACUGCGUGGCCUGCCACAAGAACCAGCUAAUCAAACCCUGGGGCAUUGCCGCCAUGCCCACGGGUCAGUUUGUGGUGUCGGAUGUGGAGGGCGGCAAGCUCUGGUGCCUGGCCGUGGACCGCAAUGUGGGCGUAGUCAACUACAACCGCCUGUGCUCGGCCGUGCGGCCCAAGUUCGUGACGUGCGACGCAUCGGGCACCGUCUACUUCACCCAAGGGUUGGGCCUUAACAUUGAGAACCGCCAUAACGAGCACCACCUGGAGGGGGGCUUCUCCAUCUGCUCAGUGGGGACAGACGGCCAGCUGGGCAAGCAACUCAGCCACUUCUUCUCGGAGACGGAGGACUUCCGUUGCAUCACGGGCAUGUGCGUGGAUACCAACGGGGACCUGCUCGUGACAGACAGCGGCAGGAAGGAGAUCCUGCAGUUCCCCAAAGAGGGCGGCUUUAACGUGCUCAUCCAGGAGGGACUGACGUGCCCUGUGGGCGUGGCCGUCACUGAGAAAGGACAGCUGAUGGUGCUGGACUGCUGGGACCACUGUGUGAAAGUUUACUCGUACCUACAGAGGAGACGCUUCUCCACCUGCUAG